AUAAUAUCGGUGUUUAUGAGGCAGAGAGACUUAUUGCGAGAAGGAGAAAUGGACAGGAGUUUAUGUUUCUGGUGAAGUGGAAAAGCUACAGCUCUUUUGAAAACACAUGGGAGCCGGAGGACCAUAUUUCUAAACCACUGCUGGAUUAUUUUAACAACCCUAAACCAUCACAAGAACUUAUCCAAGAACAUUUAGAUGUGUUAAGAAGCUCUCUUAUCUCAGCACUAAAAGGAAAAGCUGUUGUGCAAACUGUAACCCUUAAUUUCCGUCACGAUGUCUUCAAAUGUCUAUUUMAUGCUAAAAGGAAAGACUUAGUCUAUGGAAAAUGGCUUCUAUAUGAUUUAGAUGAUUUWAAAAAAUGCAAAUUUCCCCAGGAAUGGUACAGUAUGUAUGAUAUUCAUGGUGAUGGAUCAAAGGUCCMUUUUCCUGUGAAAAUGAGAUAUUUUCUGGGCAAAACACCCAAAACACACUACUGUGAUAAGAAUGGGAAUGUGCAAGAGUGUUCUCCUUUGUAUAUUGAGAAGGUCAGUGUAAAAUUUGCAAGGGUUCCAGGUACAUGUAUUAAAUAGAUAGGUGUUUUACAAAUUAAAUGUGAUAUGUCUGAACUUUGA